UGGAAUAGACGACGAGUACGCUAUACUAGUCUAUAACUUUAUGAUCAAAAGAACGUGAUGUAUGACGUAUAUUUGAAACAUCUUGUUUAUAAAAGACUUUUAAUACAAUUCUUCCAUAAAAGUUAAUCAUAAACGGACUUAAAUUGUGGUAAAACAUACGAUACAACAAUGUUGCCUAUUCGGUGUCGAGGAUGUCUUACUAAUUUGGAAAAUGAAAAUAAUGGUAAAGAUAUAUUCAAAGAUGAUCUUGCCAUCGAUACAGUCAAUUUAGAAGACCAGUCACAAAGCACAUUAAACUUGAAUAAAAGAAUCAAAUUAGACUCCUGUAUCGAAUUAAUUACCGGGAAAGAGAUCACAGAAACUGACAAUUUGCCACGUGUUCUGUGUGCAACGUGUCUGAAGAAACUAGAAGCAUGUAUUCAGUUUCGUUUUCAGUUAUUGACAUCCCUUGAAAUAUUAAUUACUUCGGUGAGUCAUGAUGAUGCAUUUAAUCCAACAUUAGCAUGCGAUGUGAAUGAUGACAGUAGUCUUGCAAGUAAAGCGUUUGAUGCGGAAAUAAAAGGGAAGAGUCAAGAAAAAGGAACAGAUGUUCUUCAAUCUGUAAGUGAGAAUAUUUGCAAAGGAAUAGAUUCGAAACAGAUUUUGGAUGAUUUAAUAAAUGUUGAUGAGAACAGUGCAUCUGUAGAUUUUAACGUAAUAUUAAACGAAGAAGCAGAUGCAGUUGAUGUAACAAACUGUAACAAACACCGAAAUGAUAAAGAAAAUAAUAAUCUGAUUGAAUCCGAAAGUUCAAAUGACAGUAUAAAUCUUCAAUGCUCUAUAGAAAAACGGACUAAAAUUCAAGAUAAUGACAUCGAAUCUGAGAUCGAUGUAUGUUCUGGAGAAGAUGAUGAAGUAUUGGAAUUAGAUAUUCAAAGCAGAAAAAAUGAGACCAUUGUACUCGAGAGUUCUUCCGAAUCUGAUAUCGAAGUGUGUGAUUAUGAACCAACAGGAAAGAAAAUAAGGAGUUACAAAACUUUAACUCAACCUAUAUUCUUUUAGCAGUGUUUCGUGCAUCUGCAACAUUGUCAAACCAGCUUGUGUAUAGCUUAUGUUAAUGAGGUUACAAAAGAAUAGAUCUUAAUGUGUGGCAUACAAUAAUUUAUGAUUGACGAGAGACUAUAUUUUAGUUGCUUUAGUUUAUGAAUAUACGAAGUAAGUUUUAACCAUUCUGUAUUAAAUAAAGCACCUCUAUGAAUUUUCA